ACAUUGUUGUAGUACAUCUUCGUGUAGUAUGUAUUGCUUUGCUAGUUUGCCUUUUAAAAGGAAGCUUUUCAAAAUAAAUAACAAAUAACUUAGUCCACCGUUCAAUUGCCUGUGUACUGACUAUCAUGUAUUUUAAAAAGAUAUUAAUUUGGAUUGGUGUAAUGCGUGUGUUUUAUAAAUGUAGUAAUUUUGUAAAGAUUCAAACAUAAACUUUUUUUAAAUGCAUAUUUUGAAAUGUAGCAUGUGUUAAAUAUUUUGACUUUGCGUUUGAUACAAUCUUAAAGAUGCCUGGUCUAAUACGCGUACAUGAAUUUAUUGAUGAGGCUCGUUAUGAUUACAACUCGCCUACAACGUCAACUUUCGUGUCUCGGAUGCCUCAAUGUAGGCAAACAAUUGCGACACUGGAGGAGACUUUAGAUUUUGAUCGAGAUGGCCUAAUGAAAAUGAAGAAAGCUAUAAAAGCUGUACAUAAUUCUGGGAACUCUCAUGUGGAUAAUGAAAUGUAUUUGUCAAGAGCAUUGGAAAAAUUAGGAAGUAACGCACUCAGCAAAGACCAAGAGCCAGAUAUUGGUGCUGCAUUUAUUAAGUUUGCUGUUGUUACCAAAGAAUUGUCAGCACUAAUGAAAACCCUGAUGCAGAAUAUCAACAAUAUUGUUAUGUUUCCCUUGGAAAACUUGCUGAAAGGAGAUUUGCGUGGAGUGAAAGGUGAUUUGAAGAGGCCCUUUGAUAAAGCUUGGAAAGAUUAUGAAGCAAAGUAUGCCAAAAUUGAAAAGGAAAAAAAGCAGCAAGCCAAAGAAGCUGGGCUUAUUAGGUCAGAAGUAACACCUGCUGAAAUAGCAGAUGAAAUGGAAAAGGAGAGGAGGGUGUUCCAAUUACAAAUGUGUGAGUACCUGAUAAAAGUUAAUGAAAUCAAAACAAAAAAGGGAAUUGAAUUGCUCCAACACCUAGUGGAAUAUUAUCACGCACAAACCAAUUAUUUUCAAGAUGGACUGAAAACAAUCCAGCAUUUUGGUAGUUAUGUGGCUGAUCUUUCAAUCAAACUUCAAAAAAUUAGACAAAAGCAGGAUGAAGAAAGGCGAAAACUCACUGAACUGAGGACUCUUUUAAGAAGUGCUCCUGGCCUAGACAAAGAAGCAAUGAACGUUAGUGGGUCAUCAGAAAAGGGUGCUGGAUAUUCUCUUCAUCAGCUGCAAGGAGACAAGCAACAUGGGGUAACUCGCUCUGGACACCUACUUAAAAAAUCUGAAGGAAAGAUGAGGAGAGUAUGGCAGAAACGAAGGUGUAGAGUUCAGGCUGAGGGAUUUCUUGACAUAUGUCAUGCUGAUGAAUCAAAGCCUCCUACAAGAGUCAACUUGCUAACCUGCCAAAUAAAACUUGUUCCAGAAGAUAAACGUUGUUUUGACCUUAUAUCAUAUAAUAGAACGUAUCACUUCCAAGCAGAAGAUGAAAAUGAUCAACGUGCAUGGAUGUCUGUAAUAGUAAACUGCAAAGAAGGAGCACUUAUGAGAGCAUUUGAUGACAGUGGAAAGUCAGGUGGAAAUAAAGUUAACCCAAGUUUUUUAGAGCUUCAACAAGCUAUUAUACGCUACGUUCAAAGGAUACCUGGAAAUGAUAGAUGUUGUGACUGCAAUUCUCUAAAUGAUGCAACAUGGCUGUCAACAAAUUUUGGAAUAAUAGUGUGCAUUGAGUGCUCUGGUAUUCACAGAGACCUAGGAGUGCAUAUAUCCCGUAUACAGUCAUUGACAUUGGAUAAUGUGGGCACUUCUCAGUUGCUUUUGGCACGUUUCAUGACAAACAACUUGUUUAAUGAAGUGAUGGAGGCUACGCUUCAGCCCAGCUUAAAACUGUCCCCGUCUAGCACAAUGGAUGAAAGGUAUGAUUUUAUUCGUGCCAAGUACGUACAGAAGAGGUUUGUUCAACAGACUUGUGAAGAUGAACAUGAUCUACUUAGUGACUUGGAGCAUGCAGUGAACAAUAAAGACCUUCAUCAACUGCUUCAAGUGUUUGCAGAAGGUGUGAAUUUGGACCUACCUUUGCCAACAAGUGAUAUUGGCGAGACAGCUUUACAUUUGGCAGUAACCCGUGAAAUGGGGAACUCAUUGCAUUUAGUAGAUUUUCUGGUCCAAAACAUGCCAACGCAUUCAAUAGACAAAGCAACUCUAGCUGUGUGUAAUACACCUGGUUCGGGUUACAAUACUGCACUUCAUCUUUGUGCUAUACAUGAUAAGCCUGAGUGUAUGAAGUUGUUACUGCGAAGUGGAGCUGAUGUGACAUUGCGCAAUUCGCUUGAUAAAACACCAUUAGACAUUGCUGAAGAACUGGAGCAUACUGUGUGUGUGGACCUGUUGCAUCAUGCCCUUCAAAGACAGAAGAGCCACUUUGAUAAUGUAAAUAUUGAUUGGAACCUGUCUCAUGAUGAAGGUUCUACAGAUUUCUCUGAUGAUGAAACUGUAAUUGAAGAUAGGAAUGGCUCAAUAACUCCAGAAAAGAAGACACACUCAAGACCACCAAGUUUUGCUGGAGAAUCACCAGUUAAUCCUAGAUCCCGUUCUUCUACUUCAGAUAGCCUAAAAUCUGGUUCUAGUCCCAACAGUAGUUACCGUCCUAUACCACCCCCACCCCCACCGCAGAGCAAGAAACCUUCUGCAGUGACAGGGAUGAGCAGUAACAAGAAGCGUACUGCCCCCCCUCCACCGGGCACAAACAUUUAUGGGACUCUUCCCAACAGUCACAGUCGAACCCCUUCGGACCCUGUUGUGCCAAAUAAUCAUGGUUAUCACACUCUCAGCCACCCAAACCACAGGCGUUCACCAUCUAGUGAUUCAGGGGUGGCCAGCACUUGCAGAAUGAAUCUUUCAUCUUCAGUAAACUUACUGGGUGCUAAACUUGUGAUCCCGCCGGCUGACAAAGCAUCUAUGAAGCCUUCAGCAGUUUGUGAUAAAUCUAGUAGUGGUUGCAGUAGUGUUCCGAGGCCCCGCGGGCCUCCUCCUCCAACUCCAAGUCCCGUAACAAGUAUUCGACUAUCUAAUGGAAAAUCAACAGAGAGUAUUUCUUCAAUAGUGUCUGAAGUGGAACAAACACGAUGCUUUCACAAUCCUGUACCACCACCGAGGAAGACUCAGCCUCUACCAUGCUUGACAAAGCUUGCAGUUACUGGAUUGCGAAGGUGUCGUGCUCUUUAUGACUGUGAUGCUGAUAACCCGGAUGAACUGUCAUUUAGGGAAGGUGAAGUGAUAAUUGUGACAAAUGAACAAACAGAAGAUGAGAAUUGGAAAGAUGGUUAUGUAGAAAGUGAUCCUUCUAGACAUGGCAUGUUUCCCAUCAGUUUUGUUCAUAUGCUAGCAGAUUGAUGUAUUUAUUUAAUAGUAAUUUUCAGUUCAUUUGCUAACAGCUUUAAUGCCUUAAUGCCGUGUUAGUACCCCAAGAACAUGAGAGAUGUUUAUUGUUACUGGUACACAAUACCUAUGUAAUAUAGUUUUUGGAGUCAAGAAUUAUUGUAGAAUUGUAUUUAAAAAUCAUCCUUGUGCAAUUUUGUGAAAAUAAUUUUAUUAGAAAUAUAGUGUUCUCUAGAUUGUUAGUUGGCAAUGUAGUUCUUUAGUGUGCACUUACACAUUGUGCAUGCAAAUGUGCAUUGAUUUUGUAUGUAAACAUUUGUGUGUAACUUACCAUUUAAAGAGAUAAAAUCAAUUCAUGGCAAAUACCUACUUGCCUUUAGGACCCAGAGUGUUACAUGUAUGCUACUGCAUAAAUUUAUUUGUAGAGUAAAUAAAGUUACCAUAUUUUGCUAGAA